AUGGCUGAAGUCGAUAACUCCAUGGCGUUGGUGCUUUCCAAUAUUAGUGACAACAACACUGACAACAUCGACAUCAACAACAAUAUUGAAAAUAAUUCAAAUGCCAACAACAUAAAGUUGAAUGGUAAACCAACAACAACUCCAACCACAACAUCAGAAAAGUAUGAACUAGCAAUCAAAGAGAGCAAUGGUGCAGAUUCAUACUCUGAUAAGGAGAGAAAAGUCAAACCUUAUGCAACCAUUCAAUUUUUAGAUCGUCAAAUGGGUGAUGCUCCCAACAAUAAGAACAACAAAUUCCCAAUGAUUUCGAAAUCCAUCAUUUUUGGAACUGAUAUGGAUCAAUGUCAUUUUACUAUUGUUAGAGCAGGUGUGGAAAAGAAACACUUUGAAAUUGUGUAUGACAAAGUGAUCAAACAGUUUAUAUUCAAUCCAUUGUAUGAUGCAAGCAAAGCCGAUACAGUGAGAAUCAACUUUGUUCCAGGAAUCUACAAGAAAGUUAUUCUUCACAACUUUGAUAUCAUCUCUGUCUAUUUCCGGUCGUUCAAGAUUAUCUUCCAUCGUGAGGUAGGCACCGAUAUUCCAGUGGAAUACACCUCUUCAAGUUUCCUCAUGCCAAUGCCAACUGCCGCUCUGACACACAGCUCCAAUGCACUGGUUCCAACAACUCCAUCUGUACAUAAACAACAUCAACCAACUUCCAAGAAUAAUCAAGCAGUUGAUAUUUUGAAACAGAAUUUGGAUAAAUCAAAGAAGAAACCUUUGAUAUUGAAGAAACCAGUUCAACAAACCAAUUUGUUCUUACCGAAUAUCAACUCCAAUACCAAUUCGACAGCCAGUACAAAACCAACUUCAAAUGCAUUGGUAAUUUCAAAGAAAAAAGAUGAACCGGAAGAGGAGGAGGAGUCCGAAGAGGAAUCGGAAGAGGAAGUAGAGGAUUUAGUUACGAAACGUGCACCAAUGAAAUCAUUGUCUGCCAGCAUCAAGAAGGUUGAAACGACAAGCAAAUCAGUUGUUACUGCCACUGUCCCUACUGUAUCGGAAGCGGAAACCGAAUCUAGUAGUGACUCAUCAAACGAAGCAGCAACACCACCUGUUGUGGCUGCUCCACCACCACCAAAACAACAAUCAAAACAACCGAAACAACCGAAACAACCAAAACAACCAAAACAACCACAGACAACUGAAGGAUUGACAAGAAGAUUAUCUGAACUUGAAUUAGAAUGUCCAAUCAUUCCAGCUUCUUCUACUUCAACAGCAGAAGCAGCACCAAAGAAAGCAAAGACAACAACCACAAAACCAACUACAACAAAAGUCGUAAAAGAGGUUACACCAAAGAAGAAUAGCAGUGGUAUAAACAAACGUUUGUUACCAAAUAGUUCGAAGAGGGACCACAAAACGGUUACAAGACUGGACGAGGUGGUAAUCGCACAAUCAUUCACCCCGACAAAGAAGAAUAAAUCCACCAAAGUAGGAAUGAUCUCAUAUGUUAACAACGAUGACGACGACGAUAACGGCGACGACAAUGAAGCAAACGACUAUGCAGUCGUUAAAGUUGAAACUAGUGACGUCAGCGAGAACAGCGACGAGGAGCAAAUCAAUGUCCAAGAUGAUGAGGAAUCGCCUAUUAUUAGAAAGAAAGUAAUUACACCGACCAAGGCAUUUAAGAAGAGUCUUCGUAGAUUCUCAGUAGAUCACGAGGUUCCAAAGCUACAGUUCGAGCAAACAACCACAAAGAAAUCAAGCAAAAAAUCAACUAAACAAGCAAAGUCAACAACAACAACAAAAGUGACACCACCCAAAGCGGCACCAGUCAAGGCAACAGCAGCAGCACCAGUCAAAGCAAGCAAGAAAUCAUCAUCGAAAGAAGUUAAAGCAGAUUCAGACGUCAAACUCACGGAUAAGAAUGUAUGGCAAAAUCCAAAUAUCGUUGUUCCACACGCUCCAUCCGAGGCGUUGGAUGAACGUUUGAGUUUCUACAGAAGAAACUGGGACAAGAAUGCCCCUUACAACAAGAGUAAAGUUAGUCUAUUUACAAAGGCGAUUCUCGAUAUCAUUGAGGAGGUCGAUUCUAUCGUAGCGGAUCCAGAGCUGACCGGUGAAGACAAGUGCCUCACCUACAUGUAUCGUCAUUUGGCUGCAAUUGGACAGUUUGGUGGUGAUGUGAAACUUCAGACCAAAUACUACAAGAAAAUCACUUCUCCAAUGUCGAUCACUAUCAUUAAGAACCGUUUGAUCAGAGGAUUUUAUAGGGAGGAUAUUGAAGGAGUCUGUAAGGAUUUCGAAUUAAUGGUUGAAAAUGCAAUUCAGUUUAAUGGUGUCGGUGAAUUUGCAAAUGAUGCAAUUCGGAUUUUGAGCGAAUUCUAUCAACGAUUGUAUAAGAAUAAAUAUAUUGAUCAAGAAAAGUUUUCAGAGAAAGUAAAGAGAAAUAAAAACUUAGAGAAAGGUUUAACUGGUGUUGAUGCAGAUGUCAGUUCUAAAGAAGAAGAAGAAGAAGAGGAAGAAGAAGAAGAGGAAGAAGAAGAAGAGGAGGAAGAAGCCGAGGAAGAAGAAGGAGAAGAAGAAGAAGAAGAUGAUGAUGAUGAAGAUGAUGAAGGAGAUGAAGGAGAGAAAGAAGAGGAAGAGGAAGAAGAAGAUGAAGAUGAAGAAGAUGGAGAAGAGGAAGGAGAAGAUGGAGAAGAGGAAGUAGAAGAAGAAGGAGAAGAAAUAGAUGUAGAAGUAGAAGAAGAAGAUGAAGAUUUGUAG